GAUUUAAUAAACAGUUGAGAAGAACACUUGCUUAAAAAAUCAUCUAUCUAGUAUCUAGUAGUAUAGAUUGUAUUAAAACUUGAACUUGAAAAACUUGUGGAUAAAAUAAUUGAAGUGAAAAGAAAAUUAACACCAGAAAAUGAAAUGUUUAUAUAGAAAAAAUUUAUUCAAAUUAUUUAAUGUUUUGUUUUUUGCAACUGUAAUUAAUGGACAGGAGUCUUGUACUACACCAGCACUGGAAAAUGGUUUUUGUGUUCCGUAUAAAGAUUGUCCAUUUGUUCAGGAAUUAACACAAAAUUAUGGUAGUGCUGAAGCUAUACCCAAGUAUUAUUUUAAUUUUAUAUUUAAGUCAAAGUGUUCGAAAGAUAAUGAACCCAUACGACUAUGUUGCAAGCUUCCGAAAGAUUAUGUGAAACCGACUGCACAGCCAACAGAAACCCCUACGCAGACAACACCUGCGGGUGCUGAUCCUAGAUUAACGGAAGAUCUUGACUACAAUAAAGAUUUUAAUUCACAAUUUAAUGCUCAAGGUUUAAGUAUUCUCAGCGGAUCAAGCUGUGGAACGACUGGAGGAGAUCGUGUGGCUGGGGGUAAUGAAACAGAUUUAGCCGAAUAUCCAUGGAUGGCUUUAAUACGCUACGAUGCACCUGGUGAUGAGUUUAAAUGUGGUGGUUCCUUGAUAUCUAACCGUUAUGUUUUAACAGCUACACAUUGUGUUAAUAAGGGCAUAUAUCCAGCAAUUGGUGUACGUUUGGGUGAACAUGAUCUUUCAACAAAUCCAGAUUGCAGACAAAAGGGAAGAAAAAAGGUAUGCAGUCCAGUUGUAGAAGACUUUGGCAUAGAAAAAAUCAUUACCCAUCCUCGUUAUAAUGAAAGAAGACGCAUUAAUGAUAUUGCCUUAAUAAAGUUGGAUCGUAAAGUAGAUUUUAAAAAACAUAUUAAGCCGGUUUGCUUGCCCAUAACUAAGCCAUCUUAUGAAAUUGAAUCAAAUGCUUUUACUAUAGCUGGUUGGGGAGCCACGGAAAAAAGUACUCGAUCUUUAGUACUUUUAAAGGCGCAAGUAUUGGGUCAAUCACGUUCAGUAUGUCAAAAUGUUUUUUCAUCAUUUUCAAUUGAAAUAAAUUUAAAACAUAUUUGUGCUGGAGAUUUAAAAACUGGUCGUGAUACCUGCAGGGGAGAUAGUGGUGGUCCUCUGGUGGGUUUUAACACCUAUUCGGAUGUAAAACGUUUCAUACAAUAUGGUGUUGUGGCAUCGGGUGGCAUUGCCUGUAAUCUUGAACAAGGUUUUCCUGGUAUUUAUACAAAUGUUUUAACCUAUUUACCAUGGAUCACAAAUAAUAUUGUUGAUUAAUUUAGAGUAAGCAUUAGUAAUUUAAGUUCUAUUAAGAAGGUCACAAUUUUAUUUUCUCGUAUAACUAAACUAUUGUAGUUAGAUUUAAGAAAAUUGCAUUUAUCAAUGAAUUGUCAUAAAAAAUUGUUCUACAUUAGCAUGUCAUUAGAAAUAAGAGAAAUUAUAUAGGAAAAUAUAUGUAAAAUUCUUUAUAAA